UUAUGAUUAUGGUUAUAUCCAUAUAUUUUCCUGAAGUCUUAUUGAUAUGAUUUGUUCAUUUUACAUUAUAUGCCAUAUGUCCAUUUGGGGAGUUGUAAUCCAAUGAGGUAGUUUUCUGAAGUCUGGUAAAAUGAUUGGCAUUUAACUCUCUUGGGAUUUUACUACAAGAGACUACAAAAGCAGAAUUUUAAGAAGAUAAAAGUGUCUUUAGUAAGAUGAAAGAGGCUCUCUACACUCUUGUAAGUAUACACUACACCACUUUUCUGCUAAAUACUGAUAUUAUGCUGUGCAUUUGCCCAUGUGCCUUCUUCUGAUCCUAUUGUGCAAUGGGGAAUGUAUAGGGAAUGUGUAGAGAUUCUAAAAUCCAUGUGAAUAAAGUGGUAUAUUGAAGGAACUGGUGAAUAGUUAUGUGCCAUCCAAGAAUGCACAACUAUAUGGCUGGAAUCUUGUUGUUUUGAUCCAUUCAGUCAAUUGAUGAAUAGUCAGUCAACAGGUAGCUAAAUGCAAUUGAUUCAAUGGGUCUUUUUUAGGAUUUAAAUCUGUAUGAAAUGGUUACAUCCAUGGAACUAGCCUUAUACUAUUAUGUCAGGACAACUUUAACUGUUGGAAGAAGUGAAUUUUUACUUAUACUAGUGUAAAAAUAGCAUGUAGCUUUAACUAUCCACAAGGGUACCAUCUGACUAAAAACUGCACUACUGGAUUUAUUGUUAAAAGAAGAAACCGGGUUUUAUUUUACAAACAGCAGAAUCCAAAUAUUUGCAGUGAAUCGAAGAUACAUGGAGAUCCCAAUGUUACUACAAUUACAAAAACAAUAUAAAUGCUGAAAGUAACACGAAUGCUUCAGCCAUUUUCCUCAGACCCUUUCUGCUCCUUCCCUCCCUUCUCUUGUCAGUGGCCUGCUUCAUCUGACCUCAUGCUCCAUUCCACUGCAUUCUCUCCCAUCUCCCUGACAAAAAUGAAUCCUCCGUGUAAAGGAAGGGUCCACUAUAUAUUAUAUUAUCAUUAUGGUUAUAUUAUUAUAUUAUAUGGUUAUAUUAGGAUUAUGGUUAUAUCCAUGGGUUUUGCUGAAGUCUUAUUGAUAUGACUUGUUCAUUUUACAUUAUAUCCCACAUGCCUCUUAAACUUGACAUUGCACAAUGAUUCAGCAUGUCUUAACCCAACCUUUGAAAUCAAAACACCCACCCAACUGAAUUCUAAUCCUUACAUACAAUGAAACUAGAAGAAACAAAUUGUUAAUAAAGGAGUGGCCACGUUCGUAGGGUGGGACUUGGUAAAUAUGGGACUUAGUUGAAAGACAGGUCACAUCGUUGCAACUACUUUAAAAGAGACAUUUUGGUACAUCUAGGAAGGCAGACUGGAAGAACUAAAACCAUACAGAAAGGCUGAUAGAUUGCAAAGCCUAGAACCAUGAGCACUGCAGGGAAAGUCAUCAAAUGUAAAGCAGCCAUAGUCUGGGAAACUAAGAAACCAUUUAGCAUUGAAGAAAUAGAAGUAGCCCCGCCAAAAGCACAUGAAGUUCGCGUUAAGAUGUUGGCUACUGGAAUCUGUCGCACAGAUGACCAUAUACUCAGUGGUUCAAUAAAAGCGAACCUCCCCGUUAUUCCUGGCCAUGAAGGGUGUGGUGUUGUGGAGAGUGUUGGGGAAGGAGUUACCAUUGUGAAACCAGGAGACAAAGUCAUUCCACUCUGUCUUCCACAAUGUGGGAAAUGCAGACCUUGCAAGCAUCCUGAAGGCAACCUAUGUGAAAAGACUGACUUUUUCGAUAUUAAGGGAGUAAUGUAUGAUGGCACCAGCAGAUUCUCUUGCAAAGGGAAACCAGUUCACAAUUUUGCUGGCACCAGCACCUUUUCUGAAUACACCGUGCUACAUGAAGAUUCAGUGGCCAAAAUUGAUCCUGCAGCUCCACCCGAGAAAGUAUGCCUGAUAGGCUGUGGAUUUUCUACUGGCUAUGGAGCUGCCCUCAAAACUGGAAAGGUGAAGCCUGGUUCUUCCUGUGCUGUUUUUGGUCUGGGGGGAGUUGGCCUCUCUGUGGUCAUGGGCUGUAAAGCAGCUGGAGCAUCACGGAUCAUUGGGAUUGACAUCAACAAGAAUAAAUUUCCUCUGGCUAAAGAGCUGGGAGCCACUGAGUGCAUCAGCCCUCUGGAUUACAAGAAGCCCAUCAAUGAAGUGGUGCUGGACAUGACUGAUGGGGAUGGUGUGGACUAUUCAUUUGAAGUGAUUGGGCGCCCUGAUACCAUGAUUGCAGCCUUGGCUUCUUGCAACUUGAACUAUGGCACAAGCGUGGUUGUGGGAGCACCUCCUUCAGCAGCUGACAUUACUUUUUCUCCUGCACUUAUCUUCACAGGACGCACUUGGAAAGGCACUAUAUUUGGCGGCCUGAAAAGCAAACAUGAUAUUCCUAAAUUGGUUUCGGAAUUUAUGGAGAAAAAGUUUGUUCUGGAUCCACUGAUUACCCAUGUUCUGCCUUUUCAUCAAAUCAAUCGAGGGUUUGAACUGCUCCAUAAAGGAGAAAGUAUUCGCUGUGUUCUGGUAUUUUAAAGACCCCAACAGUGAAGAAAAUACAAAAUAGUGAAUUUUGCCAGCUGAGUUUCACCAUAUCAACAGGCUACACUCUUUAUAAUGGGACAUUUGUGGAAAGGAUUGGAUCUUGAAGACUGAUCCCAAGAUAAUAACAUGCCUCUCUGUGUGCAACAGAAAGAAAGAAAACUAAAUACAAGAGAGCCUUGUCCUGUGCUUCCUACUUUCUAUAUUGUGAAGAUUGUGAUCAAUGAAGCAACAACGAAAAGAAUAAUCAUAUAGUUCAAAAUUGAAAUAGAGAAAUAAGCAUUAGCUGUAAUUCUUUUGAUUAUGAAUUGCAAAAAUUUCCUGAAAACUCAUUAAUAAUGAUUUUUUUAAAAAUGUAACGUUGGAAUAUAAGUUUGCUUAUUUGAUAUGGGUGUCAGCAGUGAUCAAGAAUAAAUUGUUUCUCUGUACCCUUCCUUCACAUAUAUUUUAGCUUCUUUUUGCUACUUUGAAUAUUCAAAUAAAUGUUUUAACAGGAAGACAUAA